AUGAGUGUGACCCACAAACACGCGGUUUUUCGACGAUCCCAGAGGUUAGUACGCCCAUUUUUCGCGAAUUCAUAAAAAAAAAUGUGCGUAUGACACACGCGAAGAAUUGCUAAUCGAAUAUUCCGUGUUUCCCAACAGAAUUUUCGAUGAUACAUUCUUCAUUUGUUUCCUUCGCUGAAAGUUCGCAUUUUCCAAACGAGCGGAAGCUAAUUUCCCAUGACAUUUUUAUGUGGAAUGGCGAAAUUUCUGUGCAAAUCGUUUUCUGUUGGAAAACGAGAAAGAGUGAGAGAGAAAGCGCCAAGACGUACUUAAAAAUGGCGGCGGAAACUGAUUUUCUCACUUAAUUAUACUUUGCUCACGUGAGGUGGGCGCCGAUCGUCCAGCUAUCGGAGGAGCCGAACAAUUCGGAGCGGAUUUCGUCUUCUCCUGUGGAUUCGCCAAUCCUUGCGCACGUUUUUGAUAGCAGAAAUCGCCGAAAUGUCGUGAACUCGUGAAAGAUCGGGGAAAAAUUGGCAAUUCAUUUGAAGAAAUAACAAGAAAAACACGACGAGUUUGUCAGCAAUUAAUUCGAACAACUUUGCUAUUUAUGUGUGGUCCUUUUCUCGAAGGCGACAUAUAUUCAUUUGAAAUGCAUUCACAGACCGCCGAAAUGACGGCAGCACACAGAAAUGCACAUUUUCUCCGAGUUCCGGGCUAUAAAAUAAAGGCCAAUUUUUGAAUUCUCGCGUGUCACUCUCUCAUUUGUAUCUUCUUCGUUUUCUUCUCAAAAAGAAAGACGAGAGAAAAUUGUGUUUCUUUGUUGUUUGGCGAAAAUGAGCAGAAGCUUGUAGUAAUUGCACUUUUGUCAAAGAAAAUUGGAAAAAUAGAGCUGAAGGAGGGCAGAAAUUAGCUUCUUUUUUGGUGUUUUGUGAGCUUUCUCUAUCGCUGACGCGUUUUCGGUGCGUUGGCGCACUUCCGGUGCCUCGCCACGGGGAGAGGGGAAUUUCGCUUCCGCUUAUGGAAAAACUUGCACAUUUUCGCACAAAUUAGCCAAAUUUGAGAGGGGCGUGUGCUCGGGCACAAACACGGAUCAGUUUUCUUUUCGGAACCCGAAAAAAGUGUCACUUUUAAUAUCAGUUCCCUGUACGCUUCUUCUUGGGCAGUUUUUCGCCAAAUGACUCACUCACGAUGACCUUUUCCCAAAGGAAAUGGCCGUAGAAUGUGUCAAGAUCAGGAAGAGUGUCAUUUUCAGACAAUGCAUUGAAAUGGAAACAUGCGGGAGUCAAAUUGUGCUUUUUGGCACCCGAAAAGCCGGAAGACAUAGUUAGGGUCCUCUUGUGCGCAUGGUGCAUCGGCCACAUUCUUCUCAUCUUUCAAAGCAUCAAACAUUUGUGUCAACACUCGAUUUUAUACUUUUCGGCGCGAAAAUAGCAAUUAUACAAUUCGCAACCUCUAAUUAGUGCGCCAAAUUCAAUCAUUUCAGUACGCGGAGCCCUCCGGAUCACUCUCCGCCGUCUCCGAUCAUCCGCCGCCAAAGACCGUCCACUUUGUACGUCAAACAUCCGUCAACCACUGCGACCAAGAAGAUUUCCAUUCCAACCGUAAGUUUCCACGUUUCCCGGGUUACUGUAGCUCUAAAUCUCUGCAUUACACAGUCAUUGCGGACCAAACACCACAAUUGUCGACGCUUUCGUUUUUGGCCCGGAAAACUUGGAGUAUCGUUUAUUUUUCAAGGUCCUCAAAAACUAUGAUCCACUCCCAGACACUCUUUGGGCUAAUCCGAUGACGUUUGAACAUUCGAACAAAAAAGAGAUUUAUGGGAAAUGUUUUGUUGAAAAGGUGUGUCAUCCGUGAUUGAUUUGAAAUGUGACAUGACGACAAGUGCGCCAGGGGCACCAAAAACGCGCCAACCGCUUGUCUCGCUCAUUUUCCCCCCGUUUUUUGUUGCAGGUAAGCGUUCACGAAAUGCCGACAAUGGCGAAUGCCGAAUGUCUGACAGUCCAUCAUCAAACAGCACCUCCUCAAAAGAAUGUGAGUCCUUUUGCUCCACAAAAAGUGAGCAAGAACACACAAAAAAGAAGAGUUUCGUGUUCAGUUGUGUCCCAACUCUUCGUACGCCGAACGAUUUUCGCGAAGUGCUUCGAGUUCGCCGAGAAGGGGUCCAGGAGGCCACGGAGCAGUCGUCGUCGGACCCGGCGGAGAGUUGAGGUGAGCAAGUACCGUAAUCCCGGGUAGAUAUGGGAAAAACGAUCAAAAUUUGAGGCUCGCAUUGACACUAAACACGGCGAAAUUGAGUUAGAGCGCAUCAAAGUUGGAGUGGCCUAACUUUUGCACAUUGGAAAGUUAUGCCACCGUAAUGAGCUUCACAAAACCAUUCAUAAAAUCAUUGAAUUGAAAUUCUAAUCUUUCCGUUCACUUUUAUGCAUUACGAAGUCGAUAAUUCGUAAUUCCCCGAAGGAUUUGUGUACAUUUACCGGGAAUUUCAAUAGAUUCACGGUAUACGUCCACGCAUUAGGAUUUUCAUUGGAGCUGAGAGAUUAUAUAGACUCCAGUGCAUGUCCGAACGAAUUUCUGUCACCAUUUCAAAAUGUUCGUUGCAGAAGACGUGAAAGUGUGUUGCAAAUGUUGAACAGAAUCUGGAAGAGCGACGAAUGUACGCGGAGACCGUCGGUUCAAAAGUCGAAUGCGUUGGAUGUGCCCGCGUGAGUCCAAACAAACUUUGAACGCAUAUUUCUGCGUUCGAAGACGUCCUGUCAGUCCCAAACUUGUUUUGUGGGAUCUUAGAGUCUAGUAGAGUAUUUUUGUAGUUGAACACUUUUUUCUAGGACCACUCCCUGGGGUACUGUAGCGCUUGGAAGUUGGGACAGCUUUAGUGCACUAAAAAUGUUGCCUAACUUCCAGGAGCUACAGUACCCCAGGGAAUGGUCGUACAAAAAAAGUGUCAACUACAAAAGUACAGUACUAGACCCGAAGAAUUCACAAAACAAAUUUCAGAACAAGAUCCUGUCUCUGAACCGUACAAUAUUCACUCAAAAGUUGAAAAACUGACCCAAACCCUUUACCUCCGCCCCUCACCCGUUUCCAACCAAAAAAAGUGGAGAUUUUAGGACAAUAUAAUAACUCGCGGACGGAAGUACGUACUUUGAUCUCACUUACGUCUCGCCAGCUUCCGGAUCACGUUAGAAAUCGUGUCUGUUUGGACGGAAAAAUGACAUGUUUCCGUCUACAAACUGAAAAAAGCAAAUCAUUUUUUUUUCUUGGCCACAAAUCCUCAACGAUAAUCUCGAUUCGUAUUUGAACUCGCCUGCAAACUAAUUCGAUCAUUCUGGCCAUUUUUAGCAGGAUGGCCUAGAACUUUCCGUCCGUGGCCUAGGCUCCCAAAUGACACACUUCUCCGUCCCGCAUUUAUCAAUUUUUGAUCUCCGCUGACGCAUCUCGAAAAUUCACAAGAUUUAAUGACGUAUUUUCAUGCUCCAACUUCUUCUUUUCGAAAAUAAAGUUGUUUGGGAGGGACAUUCUCGCCUUUUCGUUGAUUCAAUUCAAAAUUUGAUAGUAUUCACUUACUCACAACUUCCUCGUUUUCAAAGUUAGGCCACCAAGUGGGAAAACUAGGCCGCCGAUCCAAUUUGCCCGGAAAACGAGGUCUGGGCGUCAAAUUUCAUGGAGAAUUCGAAAAAAAAAGCACCAUCACUUUACGGACAUUCAUGUGACGGCCUAGAAUUGGGAGUUUAGGCCACCCCAUGAAAACUUUGCCGCCCGACGUCACACACUCGACUCUCGAAUGAAAUUUCCGUAUUUCUUUGCGGAUGACGCACACAGACAUGGAAAAGUUGAUAGACAAUAGCGCGAAUCCGUCUUUGAUUCCUCUUUUUCCCCAUGAUUACGUAUUCCCACCCACCUAAUCACCAUUUUUUGGUCUGAUUCCCGCAAAAUGAAUCAUCAAGUUUUGUCGACCGAUUUUUGGUCGAAAAUUGCGUAUGAAAAGACCAUUUUCGAAAGCGUUACUCUACGCAUUUGUCAAAUUCGAGCGAUUUUUGUAAAUGGCCUAACUUUCCAAAUUCUGUCAAAAACGUGUUGCCCUUGCCGGUUUUCAAUGCGAGGCGCGUACUAACAUGCAAAAGAUCGCAAAAAUGACCAAACUACUUCGGGCGAUGGCCUCGAAAUCCAAAACUCGGUUUUUGAGCUCAUUUCUGAGCCCACUUUCGUACUAAACCACCAAAAAUCUCGUCAUUAAUCGGGAUAUCCGCUCUGCGCGUAAAUAUAUCACAUCGUUUCACCGCUUUUUUUCUUCUGGCUGAAAAAAGUGUGUAGGCGCGUCAAAGUCCACACAUAUUGUGCGUUCAAUUAGUCCGGUUCCAACUCGGCAGUCAUCUGACCGAAUCGAACUUCUUGUGCUCCGAUGAGCGGAAAAUUUGCUCACUUCUCUCAUUUUCUCAUCACUCUUGCCGAUUCUCUUCUAUUCAUAUAUCAUCGUUGCUUUUCGAAGUCUCCUCGUCACUUUUUGCAAAAUUUCAGAGAGAGAGAGAGAGAGAGAAUGCUGACACUUCUCGAAAAGAUUACUCAUUUUCGGUGAGUUGGCGAACUUUUACCUAAAAAUCCGACGGCUGCACAUUUGUGUGGAGUUUAUAUUGAUUAAACUGUAAGACCCCGAACUUUCAUCUUGACGAACUCUGCCAAAUUGACCUCAAUCCACUUGACAGUGUUUCAUUCAAAUCGGUAGUGUUUUUGAGACAAAUGAACACGUUUCGUAUUUUUCUGCACGGUUUAUAACCAUUUUGGCGCGAAAUUUCGAAAUUCAACCCCAUUUUUUUCAUGUUUUUCGUCAAAAAUUACCCGCAUUUUGUACGAUUUCGACGAUGCGAUUGCAUAACUUUGUUAAACUAAUCAUCGCGCGCACUUUUUGAGCCAAAAACGAGCAGGUUUCAUUCAGAAAUGAAUCAAUUGAAUCGAUUUUCAAGUUUUGUGCUGAAAUUACGCGAAUUUCAGUCAUUCGCCGAUACUUUUUGCCGUUUGAACGCUUAAAAUACUUGUAUUAACGUGCUUAAUCACUUCCGACACUCACUUCGUCUCAAAACUAUCCAGAUCGGCCGGUAUAAAAAUUCCGAAAUUGCGGCAUUGCGAAAUAUGCCAAAAACGUCUCAAACGCGGCGUUUUCACGAAAAUUUCAAUGUUUUCUCUUUUUUAAUGUCUCUUCUUUCGUCGAUAUCAAACACAAAAAUAUCGGAAAAGUGCUGGAAUUGCGGCAAUUUUCAGAAAACGCGUCUCAAAUUAGGCCACGCCCCUUUCUACACUUUUGGUCGCCGUGACACGUUCUAUCCUCUCUCGUGAUUCGCUCUCUGGCACCUGCUGAGGAGUCGCCAUGAUGAUUCCUUUUCUUUUCUGGCAUUCUCCAAGGGUGACGUUAGACCCGAGAAACGAUGGAUUGUAGCAUAAACGGUGCGGACCAGUUGGUGUUUAGACGCCACCCGAUCCGAUCGGCCUGAAAUUCGGUCCCUCGAUACUUCAAUCCAAAUGUUGUUUUGGGGAAAGACAAAGAUGACCGGUGAAAUAAAGCGGGGGGAAAAGAGAUGAUCAAUUGUCAAGUACCGGCCGGCUAGACCCUUCUGAGACGCCUUUUUCCCGAAUUUUCGGAGGCAUCUCGUCAUUUUUUUUUCUUCUUUUUUCUACGAACCGCCCCGGCUUCAGUGUUGUUUUCUUGAAAGCUAAAAAUAUGUUCACAAGCAUGCGGUUCAGAGCUCUGUAAGUGAGAAAAAUUGUUUUAGAAAAUGUGUUGUCUAAAAGUACAUUUCCAGAGAGCCGCUAUCCCGUCAAUUAUCGCUGUCCGACACGAAUGUGAACCCACAAAUCAACAGAUGUCCCAAAUUGAAUUUGACGCCCAAACAGAAGAAAUUGUUGAGAGUGAGUCGCGCAAAUUUCCGCGUUUCACCACAAGAACAAUCAUUUUCAGCAAAGUUUCAACGCGAUGAAUUCGGGAGGCACUUUUCUGAAAUUGAUGGAGAAAAUCUUCAGAAGACUCGAGAAUAAGUGUCCAGAUAUGCGGUUAGUCGGCUUUUUGCGAAAUUUCCGCGCAGAAACUGUGAAAUUAGAGCUGAAGAGUAGGCAAGUGCGCUCUAUCGAACUUUUCCUCUGUAACAGUUUAAUUUAGGAGAGGAAUUCGAAUUUUUAGGUCAAUUCUCUAAUUUCUCUCAUUUCCAGCUCCAUCUUCCUCACGACCGCAUUCGUAAACUCACUGAGCCGCGAGCGCUCCUCUCCGCCGCUCGUCAAAACAGAAAACGAUCAUUGCAAGUGUAUGGUCGGAAUUUUUGAGCGACUCAUCGAAAAUUUGGACAAUAUUCACGAGCAACUCACUAUGAUUCGACAUUAUGGAGAGAAACAUGCUCAGGUAAUGAAAAUUGAAAAAAAGAAGUUCUCAAGCCAAAAAACCUGUUUUUUGAAGAUGGCUGAAAGUGGAUUUACCGGCACUAUGAUUGAGCAGUUCGGAGAGAUAUCAGUUUUCAUAAUCGGAUCCCAGGACGUCGUCAAAUUCAACCACGAUACCGUUAAAGCGUGGCGGUUGCUGUUGGCCUGCGUUACUGAUGAAAUGAAGGUAAAUUAUCGAUGUUUUCGCAUAAAAUCUGAAAUUUCAGGUCGGAUUUGACCGAAUGACGCGGAUAAAUGGCCGGAGAAACAGCUGUAAUCCGCCGAAUUCGACAUUAUCCGUUAACUGAGCGAGUGUCGUCAGAUCUGAUGUCGAGUACGCAGUGUUCAUCGUCACGUCGGAUUGCAGACUUUUCCAUAAAAAACUUUCUUUUGCCAAUUUUCCGGCAUAUUUAUUCGUAUUUCGUCGGGUUUUUUGGUUUUUACCGUCAAAUAAAUAUCUGAUAUUGUUAUUUUACACACUUUCGAUAAAUUCCAGCAAAAAUCAUGGAAUCAAAGCAUGCCGCGAAGCAAAUCGACCCGAAAGAUCUGUCGCCGGCCUGGAAAGUGCUUCAAAUGAAGCUGAAAGAGGAAAAAGAGGAGAAGGAGCGAGAAAAAGCUGCCGAAAAGGUGGACAAAGUAGGAAAAGACGAAGGAUUCACAAAAGUGCAGUCGAAAAAGCAAAGACAGCGCGAAAAUCGCAAACGAAGGGCCCAGGAGGCACUCGCGACGGCGUCAGAGCCCAAAAAAGUGCACCACGAUAUUCCGGUCGUGAUUGAGGACAAUGAGAGGUUAUCCUUUGAAUAAUAGAAUUUUUUUCAUUGAGAACGCUCAAAUUUCAGAGGAGAACUCACAAAAGUGCUGGCAAUCGAUUGCGAAUACGUCGGCGCCGGCAUGAACGGAUCCACGGACAUUCUGGCGAGAAUUUCCGUCGUUAAUGAGGUUUUUAAAAAAAUGAAAAACAUCAGAUUUGAAAUCCCAACAUUUCCCAUUUUCCAGCUCGGCAAAAUUGUGUACGACAAAUUUGUGAAACCGUCGGAAAAAGUGACGGAUUACCGGACGGCCGUGUCGGGAAUCCGCCCGGAAAACAUGCACCGCGCCAUUCCGUUCGAUCGGGCCCAAACCGAAAUCUCGAAGAUUCUCGACGGACGCAUUAUUGUCGGACAUGCCGUUCACAACGAUUUUCGGGUUUGUAGUGAUUUGUGUCGUAUAAAUUUGCAAAAUAUUCCGAAAAAUCGUUAUUUCCAGGUGCUCAAACUGAAUCACACGAGAAAGUUGACACGGGACACCGCCAAAUGUUCGAUCCUCCGAAAUAUGGCCAAUCAUCAGCAUGGGGUAAGGGAAAGAGCUCAAAGGCGGGAGGAAAUGGGAACUCUUGUAACAAAGCGGUAUAGCGGUAUAGUUCAGCAAAGGCGGACGACGGAGAGGAAGAGAAAACUUCAGAGGAGUAAUGGAGUAGAGGAUAGACGUAGUUCCCGAUAGGAGCGGGGGGAGCGAGAGCGGAAGCAUUUCGAGAGUUGCUUGGAGCGGAGCAGGGCAAUAGCUGAGCAUUUAUUAUGUGAUCACGAAAAGAGAGCUUGAAGUCAGUGAUAAGGCCGAGAUCGCGAAAGAGCAGUCAGACAUCAAGUUUAAUAUUCAAUUCGCAAAAAAAUCCCACCAAUUUCCAGAGUCCGUCGCUCAAAAAACUGGCGAAAGAAGUGCUGGGAAUCGAAAUUCAAAAAGGAGAACAUGACUCGGUUUGCACAUUCUUGUGAAUUCAUAAUAAUAUUUAUAUCCAUUUUUGCAGAUCACAGACGCUCGCGUGGCUCUGCGGCUCUACGAAGCUGUCAAAAAGCAGUGGGAGGCCGAAAUUAAGAGAUACCGAUGA